AUGCCGGAGAUCUUUGACGACAAGUCCCAACACUGUAUUCCUUUCCUGCUCGACCGCUUAAAGGAACACCAAGCCCGCUAUGGCGACGAUGCCGAUGCCCCGCCCUUCUUUCUGGGUUUGAAUGGCGUUCAGGGUGCGGGCAAGACUGUUCUUGUAUCGACUUUGCAGAAGACCCUGCGCGCCCCGCCAUACAAUCUACCCACGGUGACGCUCUCGCUUGACGACAUCUAUCUCACCCAUGCAGACCAGGUAGCCCUGGCAGCCGCGCACCCGGACAAUCCCCUCCUGCAGCAUCGCGGUCAACCCUCGACCCAUGAUCUCGAACUGGGCAAAAAGGUCUUCGACUCCCUCCGGGCGAAGCAGCCCACAGCCAUUCCCAAAUAUGACAAAUCCGCCUUCGCCGGCCAAGGCGACCGGGUUCCCCCAUCGCAGUGGGAGGUGGUCAACAGCGAGGGCGAGGAGAAGAUCAGAGUGGUCAUUUUUGAAGGGUGGUGUGUCGGCUUUCGGCCCGUUGACGAGGCCACCUUGAAGGAGAAGUGGGAGGCUGCCGUGCGACAGAAGGAGCAGGGUGGAUACGAUGGGCGGUUGGGCUAUGUUAAGCUGGAAGAUGUUCGCACGAUCAACGAAGCUCUGAAGCGCUAUGACGUGCUGACUGAUGACGCUCAAAACACCCGGUUCGUCUACGACUGGCGUCAAGAACAAGAACGGACCUUGCGCGCAGCCAAAGGCACAGGCAUGACCGAAGAACAAGUCAACCAAUUUGUCGACGGCUAUUACCCAUCCUAUGAACUGUUCACGGAGACCUUACGCAAAGGAGUCUUUGUGCCCAGCACCACGGGGCACGAGUCCGCCUCCAACGACCCUUCGAACUGGAAAGGAAGACAGCUGCGUCUUGUCGUCGACAAGAACAGACGGGUGCAAGAGGUUAUUUUUAUCUGA